CCCCACACUGUAAAGGUUGUUGCCUAGCUAUCUUUUGGGUACAAAAGAUCUUCACAUCCGACUUGAGGAUUGAUACAUACAACAUUUCAACCACUUAUCUACGAUACACAAAGAUCUCUAUCUCAAUAUGACCGUAGUCGAGAUCGGCCUCAUGGGCGUCAAGCCCGGCCACGACGUCUUGAACCCCAAGACCCACGAAGGCCAAGUCCUUGACUUAGCAUGGAGUACCGUGACCACUGCACCGGGCGGCCCGUACUGGGCAUAUGGAGGCAUCGAGCCUGACGACACUUUGCGACUCUGGUGCUUCUUCUGCUUCGACGAUGUGAAGCAUCAUAUGGACUUUGCCAAGACAGGUGGAGCUGAAGCGGUCAAAGACCUACCCAAAAUCUUGUCUCACCCGAUCUUCGGCUGCCAUGUGGAGCUCGAUGGCGAGGCCAGGGACGUGCUGAACACGCCUGUGGUGCAGGUCACGUUGUUGUACUUCUCACCCGACAUAACCGCUGCGGAGAAAGAAGGUAUCAGCAAGACGUUCACGACCGGGAUCGGAGGGGAUCUCGAUUCCAACACUGACAUGCGAGCGGUGCGAUCGGGCUGGAGUGUCGAGAAGGAUUGGCCGAUGUUGGAGGGCCGCGAGAAGGGCGAGGGAACGGGCACUGUGUUUAGCAUCCUCGUGGGAUGGUCUGGUGUUGAGGCGCAGAAGAAGUCUGGAGUCAUUCAGGAUUUGGUCGGGAAGCUUAAAACGGGUGGGAACGGACAAUUGAUUCAUUCCGCGACCAAACUCGUCGGAUGCCGAGAAUUUGGCACUGCGAGAAUUUGAAUCGAUAUAUCUGGCAUUCGGUUGAUAAGCUCAACACGUCUAACGUCAGGUGAGAAGUCACGUAUCAUAGUUGAGUAACAUCCAACGGUGCUUCAAUUCAACACAUACACGUCACUGUACUGCACUGUUCUUGUUAUUAGCGACCUACACUACACGCGCACUGUCAUACUACAAUUCGUUGUGUCAGAAGGCUACCGGGAGUGCAUGCAGCGUAAGGAUAUGGACUGCAAGCUAUGGC